AUGAGCCGUUCUGUGGAACUACUACGAAAUACACCGCUAGCUACGCUGGGGAUAAUCAUGAUCUGUACUUUGAUCUUUAUCCUACAAAAUGCGCUAAAUUGGAACCUGCAAGUCUUCACUUUUUGUCCUCGACUCAUCAUUUACGCUCAUGAAUACUAUCGCGUCUUUACAUCGAUGCUCUUUCAUGCCAACAUGAUGCACAUCGGAAUGAAUAUGCUUUCUACCUACGCAAUUGGAAGGAUGCUCGAGAAGCAACUUGGGACACUGGGGCUGGUUGUGACCAUGCUAUGGUCGGCCAUUAUCUCUUGUGCCUUGUAUCUUUGCAUUGCGAUGUCUGCACAUCUUGUAUUUGAUUACGAUAAGUGGAUGUAUGAUCAUGCGGUUGGAUUUUCGGGUGUAUUGUUUCAUUUUUCCGUUCUGGAAUGCCACCUUUCACCACAAUUCUCGCGGAGUUUGUUUGGUGUGGUCAACGUGCCUUCUGCUCUUUAUCCAUGGGCACUAUUGGUUGUACUACAAAUGUUCAUGCCGAAUCUGAGUUUCCUGGGCCACUUGUCUGGAAUAUUGGCUGGAUCUCUACAAAUAGAGGGCCACUUAGAGUGGAUCAUGCCAGGAGAUUCCUACUUGAGAGAGAUGGAGUCCUGGACACUCUUUCGACAGCUUGCAGGGUUGCCCAGCUUUCACAGUCCUCCCAGCAGUGGGACGGUGGGAGGAAGUCGAUUUGGACGUUCCGAGUCGGGAGGAAUACUUCGCUUUGCCAAAAAGGGGGUCACAUUGGUAUUCAAGUACCUGUACUACUUUGUUGAGACCCUUGCCAUAGUCAUCUUUGGCCGCGGACAUCAACCCAAUUCCAACAUUCGGUUCGACGAUCUAUGGUUGCGACCGAAGCGGAGGGCUGCUGAACCUGGGGUUAUUUCACGACCUAUCGAUGUAUUACAGGAGGCCGACGAUGAAGAGGAUGAGGAGAACCAAGAACUGUCCCCGUUGAUUUGA